UCAACAGGUGUUUUUGUGAUAAAAGCAUUGUUGAAUAAUUGUGCGACGGAAUAUCAUCUACGUUCUGAAAACUGCUGUGUAGAUCGUUCUCAUUAGAAAAGUUCCAUUGGAGUAUCGUAUUCGAGGUACUAUAGAAUUCGACAGCACGCCUAAUUGAAUGGAUGUUCUGUGAAAUUACUUCUAAAUUAAGAUCAACACUGCUCAUUAGACUAUGGAAAAAUGUAAAAAUUGUUUUUCUUCAACUUAAAAUAUGUCACUGCGUAUGAUUGAUGUUAUUGUAAUUAUCUGGAUAUCUGCAGUCUGACCUCUAAUAGGUACACGUGAUUAUAAUAGUUUUAAUUUAUAGAUGAGUAAUGGAGAAUCACGAUUAUCGCCCAACACCACCUCCUAGGAAUAAUAUACCAAAAGAAUAUUUGAAAAAGAAGCCAGUUCCAUUGCCGCGCAAGAAUGUGAACACUGAAACUUCAAAUGGUAGCUCAAGAGACAGUUCUUAUUUGAUUAUUAAAGAAGAAAUAAAUAGUCUGUACAAAAGGCAUAUUAAACCAGAAAUGAAAUCGGUCUCAGGAAAUGUUCAAGAAAGAAAAAAAUCAGUGGUAGAAAAUACUAAAAAUGUUGGUAUUCGUAUUGAAAAGUCAUUUCGAAGUUUGUUGCCAAGACCAGCCCGGCGCCAUACUAUUAGUCAAACAUCUGAAGAAUUUAAACAAGACACCUCAAGUGAAUCUCCAGUUGAUAAUGAUAUAUUUUCUUCCCUCAGUUUUGAUUCUCCCAUUCCAUCCGACAGUAAUUCAGAACGUUCAUUCAGUACUUACUAUGCAGAAUCAGACAUUUGUUGUUCUCAGCCUCCCAACUUUCCUCCGCCUCCUUUACCUAACGAUAUUAUAUAUGAUAAAAUACCUUCCUCGAGUAAUUCCAGCAGCCAAUGUGAGUCCAGUGAGAAUAUAUACGAGCUCGUUUUAAUUGGACAACCGAAACCAUCAACAGAGUCUCCAUAUGAAAACUGUCAUAAUUUAUUAAAGUCUAGAACAAUUAGUUCAAGUAACAUAAGCAGUAAUAGUGCUGAAACCACUUGUACCAAGUCUGAUAAUGUGUAUCCUACUAAUGAGAUAAAUGAUGAAAAAGUAAGUGAUACCAAGUCUGUUAUGUUUCAAUUUGAUCCCUUUGAAAAUAAUGUUAAUAAUGAAGCAGAUAGAAGUAACGAAAAGGAAGAGAGUUUGUUAUUACAAGAAAUUGAUGAAAUUUUAUACCCUUCACGCAAUAGCACUAUUGAAACUAGAAGUUUAACAGAAUAUGAUUUCAAGAGUUUAGAUGAUGACUUAUAUAGUAUACCAGACCCACCAGAACGUGUGGACUCCAUAAAAGAUUUUAAUAGUUCUGCAAUAAAACAAAAUGCUGAUGUAGUUGAUAUAGAUGCCAUGUUGAAGACUGAACUUCCAGAAGAGAUGACAUUUUAUGAAAAGUCAAGAAAAAGUUCGAUAAAAGGUUGGAUUAGCAUGAAACAAACUUUUAAAAAAGUUACAGAAGGAUCUACAGGAUCAGUUCGUAGAAUACGUUUAAAAUUAAAACCAGAAGAAUAUAAUGAAAAAGAAGUAACUGAAGAUGAGAAGCAAUCUAGUGUCUUUCAUAAUGGUACAUUAUAUAUUGGUGCUAAUGAAAAAACUAAAGAUUUAGAAAAAAAAUGGUGUCAAAUUACUGGCGAUCAGCUCAGGUAUUCAAAGAAUAAAAGUCAAGUUGGUACCACAAUAUCAUUAACUACACUCUCAAGCAUUCAGAUUGUAAAUGAAUCCAAAAUAAGUGAUGGUGACAAUUUAUUUUGUUUUAAAAUACAUUUCUUGUCUCGAACCCGGCCGGUUUUAUUUGGAGCAUUAUCUACUGCAGAAAGGCGGGUAUGGAUGCAAAAGUUUCUAGAAUCAGUAACUUGUCUAUUUCCCCUAAAAAUGUCUUCUGAAUUUAGCAGAGCUGGACGUGCAGUGUUAAAAGAAGGUAUAAAUGGAGAAUGGAAACCAUCUUGGAUUCUAUUACAUAAUAGGAUGCUUGCUUGUACAAAAAAAGGUUCUGAGCCAGAAUUAGUUGACCUAAGAAAAGUCAGAAACGUCGCGAUACAAGAAGAUAACGAGUUAGAAUGUAAUAUUUUAGCUUUGGAUUAUGUAACAAAAUCAAUUUAUAUGCAGUUUGAUGAAGAGCCGGAAGUUGUAUUAUGGCAAGAGACUAUAAAAGCAGAGACGGUUAACUCUAGUCCAUUUUUAAAAGAUCAACAAUUGAAUAAAGAUCAAGUCCCCGUAGUUGUUGAUAAAUGUGUCAACUUUAUUUAUGCUCAUGGUUGUCUAUCAGAAGGAGUGUACAGGCGAAGUGGGUCUUGUUCAAAUGCCACCAAACUUUUGUCUGAAUUCAGAAAAAAUGCAUGGACCGUACAACUAAGCCAUCAAGAUUAUUCAGAAUAUGAUGUUGCUAGUGUUUUAAAGCGAUUUUUCCGAGAUUUACCAGAACCAUUACUCACAACUGAAUUUCAUACACAUUUUUGUAACGCUGCUAAAUUAAACUGUUCAGAAGAUGAAAAAAUUAUACUUUAUAGGAGUUUGUUAGAAAGGCUAUCGCCUAUAAAUUAUGUCACCGUACGCAAACUUAUGGGCCAUUUAUAUUACAUUCAACAACAAAGUGAUAAAAACUUAAUGACUGUACAAAACUUAGCUUCAAUAUGGGGUCCAACGCUGAUGCAUAUAGAAGAUAAUGAUUCACAGAAUUGGUCAAAAAACGAAUCUGAAGUCAUCAGUGAUUUAAUUAUGUUGUAUCCUAAAUUGUUUCUUGUGGAAGACGAUGAAAUAAAACGGGAAGAUAGAAUUUUAGAAGCACUAAAAAAUUACCAUCUGGCUAGUGGAAACAUUAUAAAAUCUUCAAAACCAUCUGGAGAUUUAAAAAUUUGGAUAUAUCUUGGUUCCAAGGAUAGUGGAAAUUGUGUUAACGUGACUUUGAGUCCGAGUAAAACAGCUGAAAUGGUAUGUGAAGAACUAGCCAAUAAAAUGGGUGUCUGUGUAGGAUAUUUGCUUGGAUUACAAGAAGUCGUUUGUAAUGGAUUAUUAAUUCGACCAAUUCAUCAUUCAGAAUUUUUAUUAGACAUUGUAUUACGCUGGGCGUAUUGGGAUUUAAAAUAUAGACGAGAAAACUAUAUUGUUUGUCUUCAACCAAAUUCAUUACUUGUUGAGAUUAUACCUUUUGCAAAAGAACCUGUAACUAUAUCAACAGAAUUAAAGUUCGCAGAUCAAAAAAACAAAUCAUUUAAAUCUCAUUUAUUUGAAAUCAAUGAAGGAAAAUUAAUUUGUUACAAAGAUAAAUCUGGUUCAGUGGUUUUGCAUGAAUGGUCAGUAAAAGAUUUAAUUUGGUACAUUGGAUUUGAACCAAAGCGAAAUCCUCACUCUAGGUGGUGCAUAACAUUUAUAUUAAAAGAUGACCCACCUAAAGACUUAAGAGAAAAUUUUGGCUUGUCUAUUGCCGGAACAACAAAAGAAGAUCAUCUAAGAUGGAUGGCAGCCUUGUUAAUAGCUGAAUAUGGGGUUAAUAACAUUUUACCCCCAGUGUCUGUAAAUUUACUCGAUUAAAAAUAUGUUUAAACAGUUAGUUAAUGUGAUAAAAAUUGUUUUUACUUAAACAGUACUUAAGUAAAAAUUUUAAUUGUAACUAUUUUUAGUUUUUAUUAACAAAAAUUUGGUUUUUAAUUUUAUUAUCAUUAAAUAUUAUAUAAUAUUAUGUUAUUGUUCAGAUUGAGUUUUAUUUAAUUUUAACAAUUUGUAUACGCAAAUAAAAUAUGGUAAUAUUUUAUUUAUUAUAAUUAAUUUUUUGUUAGUUGUUAAAUGUUAUUAAUAUAAUAGCUGUAUAUUUUUCUUGAAUUUAGCAAAAAAAAAAAAAAUAGUCAUGUUACCCAAUGUAAUAAGAUCUCGUUAUACAAUGAUACACACAAGAUAAUUUAGGGGUAGCAAAUGCUAUACCCAAAUUUGUAUUUAUGUGUCUGUAUAUUCAUAAAAAUAACUAUUGUGUGACAAAUUUAUUUUGCCACCUAAAUUUCAAGUGUGUGCCAUUGCUUAUAUAGUCUAUGUAAUUAAUCUUGCCUUAUCAAUUUUUAACAAAUUAUAUUUUUAAAACAAUUUAACAGUAAUUUUAAUUCCCAAUUAUGAAAUGCUAGUCAAACAUUAGGUUAUUUCAGUUAAACUAUCAUUAUUUUUAUUUUAUUAAUAUUUUAUACAAGUUUACAUACAAAUAUCAAAAAUACCCUAACGGCCAAACAGGAGUACUUUAGAUACUUAAUAAGACCAAUGUAAAAACUAUUAAUACACCUUAUUUUAAUUUAUACAUAUUUGUUCAACUAAAAUAAAUAACAUUGUAUUCAAAAUUAAAGUAGUAAUUGUGGAUUUAUUAUAAAAACAAAACUGCUAGUUUUUUUUUAUUCAUAGUUUAUUUUUGUAUUCAAUAGACUCAGAUGUAUGUGUAUCUUUGGAGUAAUUUGUAUUAACUGUCAAGUAUUAUAUUGUGAAAACAUAAAUAAUUAUGAAUUAUAUAGUAUAAUUUCUUACUUUUUUAACUCAAUUUAAUAAGUUGGAAAUUUAUUUAUUUUUGGAACUAAUAUUUGUAUACCAAUUCAUAACUAUU